AUGCUUCCCUCUGGACCCCAGUUCGUGAUGAAGACUCAUUGCCAAUCACCCUCACAUUCGCCCGAUAGUUGUGAAGAAGCCUUUAAAGUACAUCGCGAACAUUCUACUCUCUAUCCGGAGCCCGCGUUUCCUGAACAUUUGACUUCAACCACAAAUAUCUCCAUAAAACCUUACGGCGAUGGCUCUGGGUUUUCGUAUACUCCACUUACGGCACGCGAGCACAGCAUCGAUUUAUCACCCUACACAUCUUCUCCUGGAUCAUCUCCCUCUCGUCCGUCAUCCCCAACUUCUUCCACUAGUGAUGAUAAAGAACGGGCCUCUAUCUCACCGCCCCGUUGUCUCCGACCAUUACCAGUUUGUAUUUCCCUCACUCGCCCACAUUCUACAAUAAAACAGAUCAUUCUGAGCGAAGGCACGUUUACAAUUGAAGAAUUCGAAAGUGAAGAUUAUGAAGCAUGGGAUCCAGUAUCUGAUGUAGCUAUACGGCCAUAUCAAUACGAAGAUGCCGACAGCGAGCUCGCAAAUGUCGGUUUUCACGAUCUGGACCAGGAUAAGACUAGUGAUUUAGAUUCACGAAUUGCUGGAGAAUUUCGAAAUCUAACUACUGAAAAUGCUUCUGAUGAUCACGAGGCUUGGGUAGAAGCUUCUCGCGCCGAAAGACGCCGACGUCGCCGAAGUUCUGUUCAAAAGCGCACAUUAUCAAUGAGCAUUGGCUCGGAUACGGAUGAUGAAGAUUUGCAGCCAAUCAUUCUAGAGGCAAAUGAGGCAGGUAGUUCAGCACGACGUCUUCGCCGCAGGGUUUGUAAGCGAGUUAGUCUUAUAUUCGACGAUCCGCCGGAGCGCAUUGAUGAGGAGGAUGAAGGCCCCGAAAUGGCUGAAGAAGCGGUAGAAAUUGAAGGCGAUGAUGAGCUACAAAGGGAGCUCCCCUAUUGGGGCUGGUCGCAAAUUAUGGAUAUAGAAUCUGACUCCGAUAGUUGA